AUGCAACCAACAACAGCAACGAAAUCCUUUAUGAAUAUGCAAGAGGCAAGUGCAGUGAAAACAAUGGAAAGCGCGUUUAUUGUAUGCUCUCGUUUAUUUCUUCGCCACGAUCAUCUAAGGGAACAUGUUGACACCAUACACAAGAGACAACCAAUAGCUUGUCGCGUCGACGACUGUGAUGCCACUUUUUACAGCCAACAGCAAGAAUACGCCCAUUUUCAACGUAUGCACGUACGACGACAUCAUUGUACUCAUCCUGGUUGUGAAGCAUCUUUUGGCAAGCCUUCAGAUUUACAACGACACGUCUUGUGCAACCACGAAAACCCGGAUCUUGCGGAUGUUUUGAUCGAGGAGGAGACUUCAAGCAAAGACUUGCAAGAGCUAGUGGAUCAAUUGGUUACCAGCGAUUCGAAAAGUGGGAAAGGAACAGCAGCAGUAGCCAGGUUGUCAUCUUCUACCAAUGUUGUCAAUAAGGAAAUUGGGGCCACGGAUCAACUCCUGACACAGUCUCAUACAAGUGCUGAGAAGACACGGAGGACUGUAUUCUACAACCAUGACCAGCUCGUAUUUGUUGAGAUGAUCAAGAACAUCCCAUUGCAUGCCACCGUAUAA